ACACAGCUGGACUCCAUAUUUAUGCUGCUGGAGGACAACAUCAUUGCCUUUGUGAAUAACGAGCUGAAGAAGAUCCAGAAGCUUCUGAGUCCAGAUUACCCAGAACGUUCAGAGAGUCAGAGUGAAGAUGAGGAAGCGUUGGAAAGUGAGGAUGGAGAGCACAGGAGGAGCAGCAAAGAGGCAUUUGUGAAGAUCACACUGGACUUCCUGAGAAGAAUGAAGCAGGAGGAGCUGGCUGAGCAUCUACAGAACAUUUAUCAACAUGAACUUAAAUCUGCUCUGAAGAAGAAGUUCCAGUGUGUGUUUGAGGGCAUCCCUAAAGCAGGAAACCCAACCCUCCUGAAUCAGAUCUACACAGAGCUCUACAUCACAGAGGGAGGGGCUGCAGAGGUCAAUGAUGAACAUGAGGUCAGACAGAUUGAAACAGCAUCCAGGAAACCAGACAGAGCAGAAACAACAAUCAGACAAGAAGACAUCUUUAAAGGCUCACCUGGAAGAGAUGAACCAAUCAGAACAGUGCUGACAAAGGGAGUGGCUGGCAUUGGGAAAACAGUCCUAACACAGAAAUACACCCUCGACUGGGCUGAAGACAAAGCCAACCAGGACAUCCAGUUCAUGUUUCCAUUGACUUUCAGAGAGCUGAAUGUGCUGAAAGAGGAAAAGUUCAGCUUGGUGGAACUUGUUCAUCACUUCUUUACUGGAUCCAAAGAAGCAGGAAUCUGCAGCCUGGAAGACUUCCAGGUUGUGUUCAUCUUUGAUGGUCUGGAUGAGUGUCGACUUCCUCUGGACUUCCACAAAACUACAAUCCUGACUGACCCUAGAAAGUCCACCUCAGUGGAUGUGCUGCUGACAAACCUCAUCAGGGGGAACCUGCUUCCCUCUGCUCACCUCUGGAUAACCACACGACCUGCAGCAGCCAAUCAGAUCCCUCCUGAGUGUGUUGGCAGGGUGACAGAGGUCAGAGGGUUCACUGAUCCACAGAAGGAGGAGUACUUCAGGAAGAAAUUCAGAGAUGAGAAGCAGGCCAGCAGGAUCAUCUUCCACAUCAAGACAUCACGAAGCCUCCACAUGAUGUGCCAUAUCCCAGUCUUCUGCUGGAUCACUGCUACAGUUCUGGAGGAUGUGCUGGAAACCAAAAAGGAAGGAGAGCUGCCCAAGACCCUGACUGAGAUGUACAUCCACUUCCUGGUGGUUCAGGCCAAAGUGAAGAAGGUCAAGUAUGAUGGAGGAGCUGAGACAGAUCCACACUGGAGUCCAGAGAGCAGGAAGAUGAUUGAGUCUCUGGGAAAACUGGCUUUUGAGGAGCUGCAGAAAGGAAACCUGAUCUUCUAUGAAUCAGACCUGACAGAGUGUGGCAUCGAUAUCAGAGCAGCCUCAUUGUACUCAGGAGUGUUCACACAGAUCUUUAAAGAGGAGAGAGGGCUGUACCAGGACAAGGUGUUCUGCUUCAUCCAUCUGAGUGUUCAGGAGUUUCUGGCUGCUCUUCAUGUCCAUCUGACCUUCAUCAACUCUGGACUCAAUCUGCUGGAAGAACAACCAGCAACCUCCAGAUUUAAAAAUAAAAAAAAUAUCAAUUAUCUCCGCCAGAGUGCUGUAAACAAGGCCUUGCAGAGUCCAAAUGGACACCUGGACUUGUUCCUCCGCUUCCUCCUGGGUCUUUCACUACAGACCAAUCAGAGUCUCCUACAAGGCCUGCUGACACAGACAGGAAGUAGCUCACAGACCAAUCAGGAAACAGUCCAGUACAUCAAGGAGAAGAUCAGUGAGAAUCUGUCUGCAGAGAAAAGCAUCAACCUGUUGCACUGUCUGAAUGAACUGAAUGAUCGUUCUCUAGUGGAGGAGAUCCAAUGGUACCUCAGAUCAGGAAGUCUCUCCACAGAUAAACUGUCUCCUGCUCAGUGGUCAGCUCUGGUCUUCAUCUUACUGUCAUCAGAAGAAGAUCUGGAUGUGUUUGACCUGAAGAAAUACUCUGCUUCAGAGGAGGCUUUGCUGAGGCUGCUGCCAGUGGUCAAAGCCUCCAACAAAGCAUUACUAAAUAGCUGUAACCUCUCAGAGAGAAGCUGUGAAGAUCUGUUUGCAGUUCUCAGUUCCCAGUCCUCUAGUCUGCGAGAUCUGGACCUGAGUAACAAUGACCUGCAGGAUUCAGGCAUAAAGCAUCUGUCUGAUGGACUGGGGCAUCCUCACUGUACACUGGAAACUCUCAGUCUGUCAGGCUGUCUCAUCACAGAGGAAGGCUGUACUUCUCUGGCCUCAGCUCUGACCUCCAACCCCUCCCAUCUGAGAGAGCUGGACCUGAGCUACAAUCAUCCAGGAGACUCAGGAAUGAAGCUGCUGUUGGUCAGACUGAAUGAUCCACACUGGAGACUGGACACUCUCAGGGUGGAGCCUGUUGGAGUGCGAUGGCUGAUCCCAGGUCUGAGGAAGUAUUCCUGUCAACUCACAAUCGACACAAACACAGUACACAAGGAACUCAAAUUGUCUGACAACAACAGGAAGGUGACACGUGUGGAGGAGGUUCAGUCAUAUCCUGAUCAUCCAGACAGGUUUGAUUACUGGCCCCAGCUGCUGUGUAGAAAUGUUGUGACUGGUCGCUGUUACUGGGAGGUCGAGUGGAGAGGAGGGGUUGAAAUAUCAGUGACUGGCAGAAGAAUCAGCAGGAAAGGAGAGAGUAAUGACUGUGUGUUUGGAUGGAAUAAUCAGUCCUGGAGUCUAAGAUGCUCUGACGAUGAUGGUCCUCAUUCGGUCUGGCACAAUAACAGAUUAACGUGUUUCUCCCCCUCCUCCUCUGUCUCUAACAGAGUAGCAGUGUAUGUGGACUAUCCUGCUGGCACUCUGUCCUUCUACAGAGUCUCCUCUGACACUCUGAUCCACCUCCACACCUUCAACACCACAUUCACUGAACCUCUUUAUCCUGGGUUUAGAGUGUUUUCUGAUUCCACAGUAUUUGUGUGAAAAGUUGAGUCCUAAAGGCGUCCUCCUGUACGAGAAACACUGACCGUUGAACAGUAGUUCAGUCUGUACGUCUUUGAUUCAGAAACGUGUUUUCCUGAUUCAUAGAUUCAAUUCAAUUUCAAUUAGAUUUACUUAUGUACUGCCAAAACAGUCACCUCAAUGUGUUUUAUAUUGUAAGGUAAAGACCCCAAUAUAACUACAGAGAAAAUCCAACAGUCUAAACGACCCCCUAUGAGCAGCACUUGGUGACAGUGGGAAGGAAAAACUCCCUUUAACAGGAAGAAACCUCCAGCAGAACCAGGCUCAGGGAGGGGGGGUCAGAAUGACAAGUUGGGGGUGAGAGAAGGGAGACAGGACAAAAGACACAGUGUAGAAGAGAGCCAGAGAUUGUAGUUGGAUGGUGUAGUGGGAACAUUACUGUCUUUGGAGCAGGAGACCUUACAUCCAUUACUGGAGCCCAGGCUAGACCCCCCCCCAUGCUAACCAAGCUUAUCUUAGAAUAUGUGCGAGACUGAAGCCAUACCAGAUGUUGCCGGGAUUAACAAGGUCUGCAUCCAGUGUUGAGGAACCGGGGCACACUGAUGAUAAGUGGGCUACUGGAACUAUAAGGUUACGCAUAAAUGGAGACAAGAUGAGAAUCGGGAACUGUUGGAAUAAGGGGUUACAUGAAGAAGAUGUGGAACCUAUGGAUUCUUCGAAACCCAACAGCCAAACUGACAUCAAAACAACUUGUAGCUCUAUGUUCCAACAUACAAAGGAAGCAAUUGCUGUCUCAGCUAGAGAUUGAUGAGGUACAACACACAUGGUACUGCAAGGGGGAGCCAGGACAGGGGAGAUUUCAUCAUCCCCAGACACCAAG